GCUUCCGGCGGAGUUGGUGGCGACGGGCUGUAGCAAUGGCAGCAGGUGGCAGUGACCCGCGGGCUGGAGAUGUAGAGGAGGACGCCUCACAGCUCAUUUUUCCCAAAGAGUUUGAAACAGCUGAGACACUUCUAAAUUCAGAAGUUCAUAUGCUUCUGGAGCAUCGAAAGCAACAGAAUGAGAGUGCAGAGGACGAGCAGGAACUCUCAGAGGUCUUCAUGAAAACCUUAAACUACACAGCACGUUUUAGUCGUUUCAAAAACAGAGAGACCAUCGCCAGCGUCCGUAGCUUGCUCCUCCAGAAAAAACUUCAUAAGUUUGAGUUGGCCUGUUUGGCCAACCUUUGCCCAGAGACUGCUGAGGAAUCCAAGGCCCUGAUCCCAAGCCUGGAAGGCCGGUUUGAAGAUGAGGAGCUGCAGCAGAUUCUUGAUGAUAUCCAGACAAAACGCAGCUUUCAAUAUUAAUAUCCCAGCAUCACUCUGUUCUUGGGGGAACCGCAUCCACAGCAUGGCACCCCUCCAGGGCUGGGGCUGACUGGCACAGAAGUUCUGCUGAAGAAGACAGUCAAGCUUCCUUUGGAGAGAGCAGCCCAGCUGGUGUUGGCUUAGGUUGCUGUUCCUAGUGUGACUGCAAGACUGCAGUGACCACAUCCUCUUGGAGAGGCCCUGCGGUGGCUGCCUGUGGCAUCCUGAGCAUGCCUGCAAGAAGGGGUGGGAGGUGAUGUGGGAGCCAAUGUGGGCUGCCUCAUACUGUGGGUUUUGGUGCUCACCUCAUUUUUUAAUCUUAAUAUAUGUUUUAAUUUCAAUGUGUUCAUAGUUUUGAAACUAGAAUAUUACAUAGAAAAUUUGUAUAGGGGAAGAACAGCCUAACCUAGAUGCAGAAGGAAGAAUUAAAUAGACUGGCGUCACUUCGAAAUUCUUAAAGGCAGGGUUAGCGUUGAUGGGCGUGAGCAUGCCUUGGCAUCACUGUGCCUAACAGGACUGGACAAAUACACCACAGAAGCUGCCACCUUGCUCAGUAUUGACCCAGCCUUGAGGUACACAGGGACUUGGCCUUUUUUUCCUGGGUUGUCUUACAGUAUGUGGACUUGGCGUGAGUGUCCUGAAGCAUUUCUUUUGUUGUCCUCAAAUUUAAAAAAAAAAUUUUUUUAAGUUUAUUUUUUAUGAGGGUAUGAGAAAGACACAAGGACUCCCAACAGGGUUCCAAGCUAGCCAGGAUCACGGGAGUGCAUGCCUGGUGUGUACAGAUCGGCCAGGGAACUAAACCUGUCAUCCUCUGUAUGGCUCCUCCAGCUUUACUUGAGCAGUGUGUUGCCAUUGUGCUACCAAGCCAGCCCUCACAUUAAAACUUUUCCUUCAUAGGCCAGACUGGAAGGUCUGAACAUUUGAAGUCUCCCCUUAGAGGUUCCAGGCCAAACUUUUGGCUCCUGCUAAGUGGCAGGAGUCCUGGGUGGGAGUGAUUGGGAAGGAUGGAAUCUGCCCCUUCCUGAGCAGCUUCUGUGAAGUCACUCAAUCUGGAAUUAGGUGAGGGAAAUACCUCA